UGAGCUCAUAACAAUUUCCGUGUUAAUUUUUUACUCUAAUUUGUUAAUUGAUUAGUUCAAAUUCUAAUUAAUAUCAUUGGAACAUCUUUUCAUCCCCUUGACUGUUAAAUCUUCCAUCAUCUUCCUUUCAGAGAAAGAGACAAAAAGGGAGAAAGAGAGAGAGAGAGAGAGAAAAAAAAAUAAGAGAGAGAAUCUCAUCUUUCCUCAUUUGUUGAAUAUUCUUACCUGUGUGUUGAUGUGUUAGAGAAAAGGGAAACGUGUCUCUUUCACUUACUUUCUUUCUCUCUUUCUUACUUUAAUUAAUUUCUCUUUCUCUCCUUUCAAUUUCAUCAACUAAUUGUCAUCAUAAUGGGAACUAAAUCAAGUCUAUUAGUUGCUACAAUAAUCGCUUCCAUUGCUGUUUAUCUAUCACUUUAUUGGAGGAAAACAGAGUUACCCAAACACUAUCUAGAUGAUCAUUAUUUUGGUGUCCAGAAGAUAAAAGAUGGAGAUAAAUUACCUUCUGAUAAUGUGAAGAUUGAAAAAUUUACCAUUAAUAUUGAUGAUUCCGUGCUGAUUGACCUUAAAGAGAGACUGAAUAAAAGCCGGAUAACUGAUUCAUUGGAUGGUGUUAAUUUUGAAUAUGGUUUUAAUAGUGAAAUUUUGAAGAAGCUUGUUGAUUACUGGAAUAAUCAAUAUGAUUGGAGAUCCGUUGAAAAAUCACUCAAUCAGUAUAAUCAUUUUAAGACACAAAUUGAAGGCCUUUCAGUUCAUUUUGUUCACAUUAAACCGAAAGAAAUUGCUUCCAAUAAAGUGGUUCCACUAAUACUUGUCCAUGGUUGGCCUGGUAGUUUCGUUGAAUUUUACAAAAUCAUUCCACUUCUUUUAACACCUAAAAAUGGUGUCGUCUUUGAAUUGAUUAUUCCCUCGAUUCCUGGUUAUGGAUUCUCUCAGAUUCCAAACAAACCUGGAUUCAAUGCCGGUCAUGCUGCCAGAAUUUUCGUCAAAUUAAUGAAACGUUUGGGUCAUGAUAAAUUCUAUUACCAUGGAGGAGAUUGGGGAGCAGUUAUCGGCGAUUAUACUGCUAAAUUAUUUCCAAAAAGUCUUCUAGGUUUUCACACAACAUUACCUGGUUUACCAAUGUCUCCCUGUGUUUUGAUUAAAACCCUAAUUGGUUAUUUUCUACCUAAUUACAUUUACGAUCACCCUGAAGCUGAGUCGAAAAUGUUGACACUUCAAUUAAUUCCCUAUUUGAUUAAAGAAACCGGGUAUGCACAUAUUCAAUCCACCAAACCAGAUACAGUUGGAGCCGGUUUGAAUGAUAGUCCGGCUGGUUUAGCUGCUUAUAUAUUGGAAAAAUUUUCAACUUGGGUUAAUAAAAAUUACGUUGAUAAACCCGAUGGAGGUUUAUUUGAGAAAUUCACAAUUGAUGAACUUUUAACCAACGUUAUGAUCUAUUGGACAAGCGAAACUAUCGUAUCCAGCCAACGAUUUUACAAAGAAACUUUUCCCAAACUCAUGGGAUCGGAAAAUAUUAUUUUGAGAUCACCUAUUAAGAAAGAGGUACCCGUUGGUGUUGCUGUUUUUGAACAUGAAAUUCUGAGGAUACCAAAGUUUGCUGCUCAAAUUGCCGCUGAGAAUUUAGUCCAUUACGAGAUUAUGCCAAGAGGUGGACAUUUCGCUGCAUUCGAAGAGCCCGAACUGACCGCAAAUGAUAUAAAGAAAUUUGUUGCUCGAUGUAUCGAAGCAGCAAAUAAAAAACCGGAAUAAAUUUAACUACAAUUAGAAAUAACGAAAGUAAAACAAUUGACCAGAUUAAAAGCAUCAACAAAUCCUCUCACACAAUUUAAUAUCAAUUAAAUUGUGAUUAUCUUAGGUGAAGAGGUUUUCUUUUUGUACGAUUAACUAUUCUGAUGCUCUCACAAUCAACUUAAUUGUCAAAGUACAACUUUUUAAAACAAUUGUUGAUUAAUAUUUUCUAUUAGAUAAUUUUUUGUUAAAAUUUUAUUCAAUUGCGGGGUUAAUUGUGAUUUGAGAAAUUUAAUUACUAAUGAAACGGUUAAUUAUAUUCAUCAAAUUAACAACAACAAAAAGAUACAAGAAAAAUUUAUCAAUAAAAACUAUAAUAGAGUAAA